GAGUGUUUAGAUCACAGUGGUGAUAGAUUGAGUUAUUGAAUUAACGGGGAGAUCUGUUCAUUCAUCGAUCUCUUCCAUUUUGCAUCCUGCACAGAUAGUAAUAAUUAUAACCCAUAUACUGAUUAUAUAUAUAUCAUCAUCAUCUGAAGAUGCUGCCAACAGUGUCCAAGGGCCGCACGCCCUCACAAAACUAUCGCGCCAAUCCCGUUUUCCCCCAAUAUCUUCGCAGAAUUAUCAAGUGGCAACAAAUGGACAUUGAAUAUACCUUUUGGCAAAUGUUUCAUUUAUGUACCUCGCCAAAAGUUGUCUAUCAGCACACCAAGUACCACAAACAAACUAAGAACCAGUGGGCACGUGAUGAUCCUGCUUUUGUCGUGAUCUGCAGUCUACUUCUGGCUGUUUCAACCAUGGCUUAUUGUGCAGCGUACGAUCACAGUGCAGGCCAUGCUGUUUUUGUUGUCAUUUCAGUAUUGCUUUUCCAUUUUUUAGUUACUGGAGCACUUUUGGCUACGUGUGGUUGGUUCCUGACCAACACCUACCUUCGAGAGGAAGCGCCGAACAGUCAUGUUGUGGAGCAGCGUGUUGAAUGGCUGUAUGCUUUUGACGUUCACUGCAAUUCUUUCUUCCCAAUGUUUGUUGUACUUUAUGUGAUACAUUAUUUUUUAUCACCCCUCUUGGUUGCGCAUGGAUUCAUUCCAGUCCUGUUGUCAAAUCUGCUUUUGAUGGUGGCAGCUUCCUAUUAUCACUACCUCAACUUCUUAGGAUAUGAUGUACUUCCAUUUUUGGAGAAGACGACUUUCUUCUUGUACCCAAUCGGUUUUGUAAUCAUCCUUUCACCUAUUUUGAUUUUGAGCGGCUUCAAUCCAUCAAGAUAUUUCAUGAACAUUUACUUCAGUAGAUGGUUGUGAUAUCCAAUAGAUAACUCACACACAGCAUAUCCUCAAUUCCACAUUGUCAAGAAGAUUUUCUGUGAUGGGGGGAGGUGGAUAAGUUCAGACUCCGCAUGAACUUUAGAAGACAAUCUAUGAACGAAAAGCGGGGACUAAAAUGCAGAAAGGCUUCUAAUACUUUUGUAUGUAGUAAUGUAGGUGAGAUGCUAGAUUAAAUUGGCAGGGAAAGAGAAUUUGUGUUGCCUUUGGCUGAGAAACUUAAUUGGGAAACCCUGUCUAAAUAUGUAAUGCUUUUGUUGCUUGCCCAUUACAUUCUUAGCCAAUUCUGAGAUUUUUAAAGGCUAGCAAGGGGACUGAUUUGGCGGUGACAUCUUUUGCUUGGUAAAAACUGAUAUGUCCCGGGGAGUUCAGUUAAUAUAUAUUCAGAAGACUCGGAACUAUUUACAAAUACUAGAAAAGUCUUGUUUGUAUUCAUUAAGAAAAUAUUAUUAAACUAGUAAUUGUUUUAGUUAA